UAUCCACCGUAUCACCAUCUCCGAUUCAAUCAACUUUCGUAGUUUACCUCUCUUCGUCUUUCUCUCGCACUGAAGCAGAAAUAUGGCUGUGCCGACGGUGACUAUGGAGGUCGGGAACGACGCCGUUGCUGUGAUCACCAUCUCCAAUCCUCCCGUCAACGCGUUAGCCGUUCCGAUAAUUCAAGGCUUGAAGGAGAAGUUCACGGAGGCUGCCAGGAGAAACGAUGUUAAAGCUAUUGUUUUGACUGGGAGUGGGGGGAGAUUCUCUGGUGGUUUUGACAUCAAUGUUUUUGAACAAGUUCACAAGAAUGGGGAUAUUUCUGUACUACCAGAUGUUUCUGUUGAACUUGUAGUCAACCUGAUUGAAGAUGGCAAAAAGCCUGCUGUUGCUGCGAUACAAGGACUCGCACUUGGAGGUGGCUUAGAAUUGGCAUUGGGAUGCCAUGCUCGCAUUUCUGCACCAAAAGCCCAACUUGGAUUGCCAGAACUUACCCUCGGGGUUAUACCUGGCUUUGGAGGUACACAACGUCUUCCAAGGCUUGUGGGAUUGCAGAAAGGUGUUGAAAUGAUGCUGACAUCUAAACCCAUAUUGUCUGAAGAAGGGAAGAAAUUAGGUCUUAUUGAUGCAAUUGUGUCCCCAGCAGAAUUGAUUAAAGUGUCACGGCAGUGGGCACUGGAUAUUGCAGAAAGGCACAAACCUUGGAUGCGAUCCCUUCAUAGGACUGACAAACUAUGUUCCCUUUCAGAAGCACGGGAUAUUCUGAAGGUUGCUAGACAACAAGCAAAGCAGACAGCUCCCAAUAUGCCUCAACAUCUGGUUUGCCUUGAUGUGAUUGAAGAAGGCAUUGUUCAUGGAGGAUACAGUGGAGUUCUAAAGGAAGCUAGAGAUUUCAAACAGCUUGUAUUGUCAGAUACUUCAAGAGGUCUUGUUCACAUAUUUUUUGCACAAAGGGCAACAUCAAAGGUGCCCAAUGUCACGGAUGUUGGUCUCAAACCAAGGCCAAUAAAGAAGGUUGCUGUAAUUGGUGGAGGUCUAAUGGGUUCUGGCAUAGCUACAGCUCUCAUUCUGAGCAACACAUAUGUUCUCCUCAAGGAAAUUAGCGCUGAAUAUCUUCAUAAAGGGAUAAAAUCCAUAGAAGAAAAUAUUCGUAUCCUGGUAUCAAGGAAAAAGUUGGCUCAGGAUAAAGCAGAAAAAGCACUCUCAUUGCUUAAAGGUGUAUUGGAUUACGCAGAAUUUAAGGAUGUGGACAUGGUUAUAGAGGCUGUGAUUGAAAAUGUUCCUCUAAAACAAAAAAUUUUCAGCGAUAUUGAGAAGGCAUGUCCUCCUCAUUGUAUACUGGCAUCUAACACAUCUACUAUAGACCUUAACAUUAUUGGUGAGAAGACCAGAUCUCAAGAUAGGAUCAUAGGCGCUCAUUUUUUCAGCCCUGCUCAUGUGAUGCCACUGCUGGAGAUUGUACGGACAGAGAAGACUUCAGCUCAAACAAUCAUUGACCUUAUUGCUGUUGGGAAAGCAAUAAAGAAAGUACCUGUUGUGGUGGGGAAUUGUACCGGCUUUGCUGUAAACAGGACCUUCUUCCCAUAUUCCCAGGGAGCACAUUUUCUGGUCCACCUUGGAGUUGAUGCUUUCAGGAUUGAUGCCCAAAUUACAAAAUUUGGCCUCCCUAUGGGUCCAUUCCAGCUCCAAGAUUUAGCAGGAUAUGGGGUAGCUGUUGCUGUAGGAAAAGAAUUUGGUGCUGCUUUUUCUGACCGUGUAUUCAAAUCUCCCUUGGUUGAUCUCCUCAUUAAAAGUGGUCGAAAUGGAAAAAAUAAUGGAAAAGGAUACUACAUUUAUCAGAAGGGAACUAAACCAAAACCUGAUCCUUCUGUGCUUCCAAUCAUAGAGGAGUCUAGAAGGCUGAUAAAUAUUAUGCCUGGUGGGAAGCCAAUAUCUGUGACUGACCAAGAAAUUGUUGAGAUGGUUCUCUUUCCAGUGGUGAAUGAGGCUUGCCGUGUUCUUGAUGAAGGGAUAGUCGUCCGAGCAUCAGAUCUUGAUGUUGCAUCUGUUCUUGGAAUGAGCUUCCCUUCUUACAGAGGGGGGAUUGUGUUCUGGGCGGAUACUGUGGGGGCUGCCCACAUAUAUAAAAGCCUUAAGAAGUGGUCAGAAUUAUAUGGCAACUUUUACAAGCCCUCGAGUUUCUUGGAAGAAAGAGCACUCAAAGGCAUUCCAUUGAGUGCUCCUGUAUCAGCCUCUUCAGCGUCAAGAUCGCGAAUGUAACCUGUACGUGUGAUUAUGGCAGAAAAAAUACAGACCACUUGAGUAUUUGGCAGCCAAAUAAACUUGUGUUGCGUUACUAGUGUAAAAGAGAUGAUACAGUACAUUUUUGAGUUUAGUAAUUGAAUAACUAAUAAUUUAUGAUAUUUAAACAUAUUUUGUCA